AUGCGUCUCUCGCUCAUUGUAACCCUCUCUUCGGCUCUUGCCGUUGCGGCCACUCCCCUUCCCGGCCUGUCUCAUGAUAAGGCUCAGGAGAUGAAGCAAGGCCUGGCCCACAUGGCAGCCGCCCUCGACACCGACAACUGUUAUGUCGCCAAGGCUCAACUGGGUGUCCUCAAGCACUCGUUUGUCGACGGGAUUGUUGAGGGCCAUGUCGAAGAUGAGGAGGAACUUGUGAAGUUUAUCACUCGGGAAGAGGGCCAUGCCAUCCUGAAGAAGGUGCAGCAAAUUCGGGACGGAGGGAGCGUCCACGCAAGGGAACUCAUCGAUAACAUACCUCCUGGGCCCCAGAAACCCCAAGGCCCGACGAGUCCAGAAGGCGGAAAAGCUGGGAAGAGCGGCCCUAAAGGCUCCAAGGGCCGUAAGGGCAAAGGCCGGAAAGGUAAAGGCAAAGGCAAAGGCAAGGGUAAGGGCCGCAAGGGGAAGGGUCGGGACCCCAGGGAUGACGACAUCUCUGCCUCUGAGACCGAGCUUCUCAACACCGCCAAGCUUCCCUGUGGGUCGAGCAGAAGGAUCCUCAAAGUUGUUCGCAACUUCAUCGCCGAGGUCCCCAAGACUGGGAAGACAACCGAUGGGAAGAGCGUCUACUACGUUCACCCAACCGACGAGCGUGACCUCCGGCGCAAGAUUGUCAAGGCCGCUACGUCGCGGCGAUAUUGA